UUUCAAGAACUGUUAAUUUACGGUCGUCCUAUAUACGUCACUCUGAUAGCCAGAAGAUCAAGCAAAUUUGCUGGCACACGUUUUCUGAAACGAGGAUCCAACUGUGAGGGAGAUGUUGCUAAUGAAGUAGAAACUGAACAAAUACUUUAUGAUGCUUCAGUCAUGUCAUUUUCUGCGGGGAGUUAUUCUUCCUAUGUUCAGGUUCGAGGUUCUGUCCCUCUGUACUGGUCUCAAGAUAUCUCAACUAUGAUGCCAAAGCCACCCAUAACAUUGGACCAAGCAGAUCCUUUUGCACAUGUUGCUGCUCUUCACUUUGACCAAAUGCUACAGAGAUUUGGCUCUCCCAUUAUUAUUUUGAAUCUUGUAAAGGAACGUGAAAAAAGAAAGCAUGAAAGGAUUCUUAGCGAAGAACUUGUUGCUGCUGUGACGUAUCUGAACCAAUUUUUGCCCCCAGAGCAUGCAAUUAUAUAUAUUCCUUGGGAUAUGGCCAAAUACACAAAAAGCAAACUUUGCAAUGUCCUCGAUAGAUUGAAUGUGAUUGCAGAAAGUGUAGUGAAGAAAACUGGGUUUUUUGUAAAUCGACCUGAUUCCUACUGCAAUGUCUUGCGGCCAGAUGAAAAAUGGAAUGAACUGGGAGGCUGUGUUAUUUCCACUGGUCGCUUGCAGACUGGAGUUCUCCGAACCAACUGUGUGGACUGUUUAGAUCGUACUAACACAGCCCAGUUUAUGGUAGGAAAAUGUGCUUUGGCAUACCAACUCUAUUCGCUGGGACUGAUCGAUAAGCCCAAUUUACAGUUUGAUACAGAUGCUGUUCGAUUAUUUGAAGAAUUAUAUGAAGAUCAUGGAGAUACACUUUCUCUGCAGUAUGGAGGUUCUCAGCUUGUCCACAGGGUAAAAACCUAUAGGAAGAUAGCUCCAUGGACUCAGCAUUCCAAAGACAUUAUGCAAACGCUCUCAAGAUAUUACAGUAAUGCUUUUUCAGAUGCAGACAGGCAAGAAUCUAUCAAUCUGUUCCUCGGAGUAUUCAAGCCUAUGGAAGGAAAGCCUCAUCUCUGGGAACUUCCUACUGAUUUCUAUUUGCAUCACAAGAACACCCUCAGUCUGUCACAGACCAGGCGAAGCUAUACUUACUGGUGGACGACAGGUGUGCUAAAGCAUUUACCUCUUCCUUUUGAUGAAGUGACAUGUGCUGAAAACAGACGCAAAUUAACAGUGAAGAAAUUCCACAAGUAUGAAGAGGAAAUUGAUAUCCAUAAUGAGUUUUUUCGGCCAUAUGAGUUGAGCAGCUUUGAUGAGACCUUCUGCUUAGCAAUGACCAAUUCUACACGGGAUUUUAUGCCUAAGAAUAUGGGGAUUGAUCCAAGUCCAUUUACUGUUCGUAAACCUGAUGAAACUGGAAAAUCAGUGCUGGGGAACAAAAGUAAUCGAGAAGAAACUGUGCUGCAGCGCAAAACUGCUGCUAGUGCUCCUCCACCUCCAAGUGAGGAGGCAGUGUCAAGUAGUUCUGAAGAUGAUUCUGGGACAGACAAAGAAGAAGAAGGUGCUGUUUCUCAACGUUCUACCCCGGUAAAGGUGACUGAUGCAGGAGAUAACACCAAGAUCACUGAGAAUGUAGUUCAGUCUACUAAAGACGUAUAUGGAGUUAACCUUUCGGAUGUUCCUUCUGAAGAUGAUAUCACAAUAUAUGCUAGGUGA